AUUUAUUAAAUGACUGAGUAGCAUACCUUAAAUCAAUCAUAAUAUUAAGACAACAAUACAAAUCAAUACCAAAAGAAUUAUAAUCAAAGAAUUUCUGAUCUAAAUUAUUCCUAUAACAAAUAAUCAUAAAAAUUUAGAUAGCCUUUUAAGUAAAAUCAUUUUCUUAUAAUACAUAGUAAAAAUCAAUAUCAUGAUAGAUAAAGCAAUUUCAACUAUUCUCAUAAUUAUAACACCAAUAAGCACAAUAAUUAUAAAUACUCUUAGAAAUCAAGAGACUAUGACUAUUAAUCGUAAUCUGACUAUGUUUAUAAUGAUUAAAAGAUAUCCAUAUAAUCUGAAAAUCAAAUUAACUCACUUCAAAUAAAUAAAGACUCAGAUCAAUAGAUGAAUCACUGUAAUCAAGAUUGCUAGUUCUAAAAUUAAAUCUAAAUUACUGAACAAUCUAUCCAAAAUCCAAAAGUCUAAGAAAUCAGUGUCUCAGAUCAGUAAUCAUAAUUUGUAAUAAGUGGUUCUACAUCCUAAGUUUAGUUGUAAGACUUAACUUCACAAGAAAUUUAAAAACCAUAGAAUGAUCAAAAAUUAUAAUCAAUAUUUAAGUAAAAUGCUGAAUAAAAUGCCUCAAUCUAAAAUAAUCAAAAUUAAUAAAUUUCCGGCAUCUAAUAAUAAUAAUAAUUGAUUUAAUAAAAAUAAAUACCAUUAUUAGUAUAAUUUUUGAUUCUACCUAAUGACACUACUUCAGAACCCCAAUUGAUCCCAUUAACAUUAGUAAUUAUUAAAGUAAUUAUCUAUAGUAAAAUUUGACUUAAAUCUAUGAGUAAUUAAAACUAUUGAUUUAACAUGAUUAACAAUAAAGUUGA